AUGGCCGUCUUCUCCGAUCUCCACACCGCCGACGGCCUCAAGACUCUGGAGGCGCACCUCGCGGGCAAGACAUACGUUUCAGGUGAUGCGAUUACUAAGGAUGACAUUAAGGUCUUUGCGGCGGUGCCGUCGAAGCCUGGCGCUGAGUUUCCUAAUGCAGCCCGCUGGUACGAGACCAUCUCUGCGGCUCUAGCCUCAAGAUUCCCUGGUAAGGCUGUUAGUGUAAAUCUGCCUGCGGGAUCAGCUCCCGCAGCAGCUGCUCCUGCUGCUGAGGCUGAGGAUGAUGAUGACCUUGAUCUUUUCGGGGAUGAAACCGAGGAGGACAAGAAGGCUGCUGAUGAGCGCGCCGCUGCCAAGGCCUCAUCCAAAAAGAAAGAAAGUGGUAAAUCAUCUGUCCUUAUGGAUGUCAAACCAUGGGACGAUGAAACUGAUAUGAAGAAGCUGGAGGAGGCUGUUCGCAGUGUCCAGAUGGAGGGUCUCACUUGGGGAGCAUCAAAGCUUGUGCCUGUUGGAUACGGCAUCAAGAAGCUGACUAUUAUGUUGACGAUUGUCGACGAUCUUGUGUCCGUCGACAGCCUAAUUGAGGAUCACCUUACGGAAGAGCCAAUCAAUGAGUACGUUCAGAGUUGCGACAUUGUUGCUUUCAACAAGAUCUAG